UGGACUUGGCCAUUUAUAAAAAGGUUGUCGUUUUAUACACGUAAUACGUAAUCCUAAGAGCUUGUGUAAUCGAAUAGUCGCCUUUCAGCUUAUAAUGCAAAAGAGCAAUAUGAUUAACGCUUUGAUCGACGGCAAAGUUUGUGAAUACUUGCGAAACGAUCGAUCGUGCGGGAUUACUUUUACCGAUAUCAAAGAACUCAUGAUUAGUUCAUGGGAUCCGGCCGAACUGAAACACUAUUGGAAAGCUUGGCAUAAUUAUACCAGUUAUGAUAUAAAAAAUCAGUACUUAAAAUUUAUCGGACAUCUCAACAACAUGGCUAAGCUGAAUAAUGUUUCAGAUGUAAUCGCAUAUCACGCUAAGCCUUAUUAUACUGAAUGUCCAGUAAAUUUUAACCGGAUUUACGAAAACAUUAAACCGCUGUACUUGCAAUUGUAUACUUACGUCCGCAAAUUACUCAGAAACAAAUUCGGACCAAACACUGUAGCCGCCAAAGGCCCUAUCCCCGUGCAUUUAUUGGGUUCUGUGUUAGGUCAGCCUUGGACUAAUUUAAUACAUUCCAUGCCGGACGAAUUCGUACCGGACAAAAAUGAUAAGAUGGACAUUAAGACGCCUAAACGGCUGUUCGACCAAGCCAACGGGUUUUAUUCGUCGAUCGGCAUGGGAAAUCUACCUAAAUCCGUGUGGGCUCGGUCAUUAUUCAAAAAAUCCGAUGAGUUUGUCGACUGCCAACCGUCGUCCUGGGAUAUUUACAAAGACAACGAUUUCAGGAUCAAAAUUUGCUGUAAAGGAGGUGCUGAAGACGUAUACAAGUUCCACGCCCAAAUAGGGUUGGUGCAUUAUUUCAUGGCGUACAAGAAACAACCGAUAGUGUACCAACGACCGGCCGACACUGUGUUUUCGGAGAGUUUGAUUAACGCCCUGGUGUUAUCCGUGCGGUAUCAAGACUUUAUUGACAGGCAUUCGGACAGCCAGGACAGUAGACACAAAUUUCUGUUGCAGAUGGCACUAAAAAAAGUGUCGAUCCUGCCAUUUGCCUACGCCAGCGAUCUUUGGCACACUGGAGUGUUCAAGAGGACAUUCGCGCCCAAGCACAUGAACGAUUUUUGGUGGAGCAAAAGACUCAAAUACGAAGGCGUUUCGUCACCCAUAGCCAAGGGUAAAGAUAAAUCGGCCAACAGCAAUUACAAGCCGUUCGAUCCGAGCGCUUCGUAUAGCGUUUUGACAGAACUGCCACAAAUAAAGUACUUUUUGCAGCCAAUUAUAGAAUUCCAGAUAUUCAAAGCAUUAUGCAUAGCUUGCGGUGAGUAUGAUCCUAAGCACGCCGACACAAAACAGCUGUACGAAUGCAAUUUGAGAGGGUACAAAAAAAUCGCCAAAAUAAUAAAACCAGUGAUGUCAAAGGGUGCGUCGGUCAAAUGGCAAAGCCUGUUGGAAACUAUAGUUGGCCAUUCUCGAUUGGACGCAAAUCCUAUGUUAGAGUACUUCCGUACUCUUUACGAUCAUUUAUGGACGGUCAACAAUCAAACAAAUGAAUUUCUAGGAUGGAAAACGAAUGCUACCUAAACGCUGAUUAUUCGUCGACGUAGUGUAUUGUAUAACAGGCUGCCAAUAUUAAUUGUAAUAAGCCUAUCAAUGUUUGUAAAUUGUAAUAAUUUUCUAUCAUAAUACCAUUUUUCAAUUGUGUAAAAUUCUAUGUAAUUUUCUAGC